GGUACAGCAAGUGUAUAUAUUUGGCUGAGCUAGAGUAAACUUCAAAUCCCUCCAUUUUUUUUUGCAUACAGCUGGUUAUCAUGUGUGGGAGAACGGCCUGCACUUUAGCUCCAAAAGAAAUAUGCAAAAGAUGUCAGUAUACGCAGAAUGGAAAGAAAGUACAACCAAACUGGCGGCAGGACGAGGGAAAGUAUCGGCCAUCCUUUAACAUGUCUCCAGGACAAAACACGCCUGUCUUAGUCUCUGCAAAGCAUUUUGAAGAACCGUCUGAAUGUGAGCGAGUUAUCCUGCCAAUGCGUUGGGGAUUGGUGCCCCGCUGGCACAAAGGGGAUCCAAAUAAAGUGGAAUAUAAAAUGAACAACUGCAGAAGUGACAGUAUGCUACAGAAAGCUUCCUUCAAGGUGCCCCUACAGAGAGGAGGGAGAUGUGUGGUCUUAGCUGAUGGGUAUUAUGAAUGGAAUACAACUGAAGAUGGCAAAAAGCAACCUUAUUUUAUAUAUUUCCCAAAAGAUGCAACAUCAGAUACUGAAGAACUCGGUGUUUCAGUGAAAAGUGAAAAGGAAGAGGAAAAGAAAACAGAUGAGUGUGAUAGAAGCAGGUUGCUCACCAUGGCAGGUGUUUUUGAUACGUGGAAGGGAUCUGAUAAUAAGGAUGGAGAACCUUUAUACACCUACAGUGUUAUCACUGUCGAGGCUUCCCCUUCCCUUUCCUGGCUCCACCACAGAAUGCCAGCCAUACUGGAGACUGAUGAAGAUGUGAAACAGUGGUUGGACUUUGGGGAGGUGCCAUUGAAAGAGGCAGUAAGUGUCAUUCAUCCAGCAUCCUGUCUCCAGUAUCACCCAGUGUCCACAUUGGUGAAUAAUUCCAGAAACAACUCUCCAGAAUGUGUGAAGGCUGUCGACCUCAACAAAAAGAAGACUUCUGCCAGUGCCAAUAUGAUGCAGGCGUGGCUGGGGAAGGGAAAACUUCAAGAUUCUUCCAGUGCAGUAUCUAGCAGUAAGAGAAAGUCCAGUGCAAAUGUUAACUUGGCAAAGGGGGUAUCCGCUGAUAGCAGUAGUAACACGGUUAAUAAAAGCGUGAAUGAUAAAGAUGAUGAACACGUUACAAAGAAGCCCAAGAUUGAAAACUGACAUUUAUGCUGUAGCUGCUAUCAUUGCAUUUAACUGUGAGGAAAAAAUUCUCUCAUAUCGUGUUGAAGUGGUCCUGUGAUGGCUGUUUUCAGUUGGUCUGAAUGCAGUGAGAAAGGGUAUAUUUUCAGGAUUUCCAGUUCUUCCCAGUUUCACCCAUGUAAGACAAUUUGCAAUAUGAUGUACUGAAACAUGUAAAUAAAUUCUAAAGAAAGGGGAAGGGGCUUGUUGUAGAUGUAGAUCUAGUUCUGUUUUUAUAGUUGGAAUAUGUUU